AUGGGACCAAACUCCAGUAACUUUCGGGUCUUGUUUCGUUUCAUUUUCGUUUGCCGGAAGGAGAGUCAUCGGGAGUUUACAUCGGGGCCGAGGCCAAGGGAGGAGGGAGGUUGGGCAGGCGCUUGCUUCGCAGCCGAAGGAUCCCGGGAGAGAAUCAUACUACCAGCAAAGCCACCUCCACCUGUCAUGCAGGAUGAAGUAGUAACGGGUUCUUCACCUCCUGUGGCAAAGGCUGCUUUGCCCCUACCGUCCACACCUGUGAUAUCAUUGAAACCGCUUCAUUGUGGACAAAUCUGCACAUUGCCCGGCCGACUCAGAAUCCAGCCCUCUCUGUGGAGCAAGGAUGAUGUGAUUCACUGGUUGCGAUGGGCAGAAAAAGAGUACUCACUCAGGGAGUCAGACGAAAGCAAGUUUGAAAUGAAUGGGAAAGCUCUUUGCAUUCUCACCAAGGAAGACUUCAAGCUCCGGGCUCCUAAUUCAGGAGAUGUUUUGUAUGAAUUACUCCAAUACAUUAAGACUCAGAGACAAGCCCUUGUUUGUAGUCCUUUCUUUAAUCCUCCCUUUCGGGAGGUGAAAUUCACACAGACCCAAGGCACUGCAGAAGAAUGUUUGGUCGUCAGUACUGACCAUCCAAGCCACACAGAGCAACCUGGAUCACCCACGACAACGUUCUACAGUCCUGGGGCAACCUGUCUUUCUCACCACAGCACUGGGAUAAUUUAUAGGGCAGAUGAUUGUUCUUUUCCUGUAACAUCACCAUCUCCUGUUAAUGGUAAAAUUGCAGAUUGCAGGUUACUUUGGGAUUAUGUGUACCAGCUUCUUUGUGACAGCCGAUAUGAAUCAUUCAUCAAAUGGGAAGACAAAGAAUCCAAGGUCUUUCGAGUCAUUGACCCCAAUGGACUUGCCAGACUUUGGGGAAAUCACAAGAACCGUAGGAACAUGACAUAUGAGAAGAUGUCAAGAGCUCUGAGACAUUACUAUAAACUCAACAUUAUUAAAAAGGAACCUGGACAGAAACUUCUAUUCAGGUUCUUGAAAACUCCUGGUGAAAGAAAACAUGGCAAAAUCACUAAGUCUGAACAGCUGGAUAAUGAAGAUAAUGAAGACUGGAAAGAAGAUGAGCUGGAAAUCUCACCAUAAUCAUUUGCCAUGCAAAGGCUGAAAACAAUCAGAUGAAUUCAUGUCCCAACAGUAUGUUUGUGCUGUUGUUUUCUGUAGCUGAAACGUGUGAAAUUAACCACCGCACCUUUACUGCGAUUGCACCAGUCCACCUCCUUUUAAUUACCAUCAAAUUAUAAGUACUCUGCAUUGCAGUAGGCUGCACUGAAAACAAAAUCCUCAGAACCAGCUGCUCACCACUGACUUCUUCAUUCCAGUGGCAUUCUCUUAUAAUGCAGACUUUUUUUUACACUUUUGCACACAAACCCAGAAAAAUUAUUUCCAAUAUUCAAUGAUAAAAACUAAACACACAAAGCCACCAGCUUUUCUUGGUGCCACAUGUAAUGGAAUAAAGCAACAGAGCAGUUGAAAUGAAAACCACAAGGCCUGAUCCCCCAAAAUGCAAACAAAAAGUCUAUCUGGGAUUAAAAAACUCAAAUGUUUAUAUUUUGUGUUAAAAGGUUUGGGUAAAAAUGGUUGCGUCCCUAGAAAGUAAUGCAGCCUGGAGCUUGCAAGCCCAGCUAUCAAGGAGUUCAUAGCAUUAUUGUUUUCACUGUAGGUUGCCUUUUAAACCAGUUCAGCACUGACCCACCGUCAGCUACUAAUGUAGAUAAAAAUCAAUAUAAUUAUUAUUGAGACAAACCCUUAUUUCAAACAUUGUUCUCAUAUUUAGGCUAUGAGGUUGCUAGUCCAGUUUUCUGUUGUCUUGGAAAAGGGAAAUAGACUCUGAUGAGAAAUAGGAUAACAAUAUUAUUUUACUAGCUCUAACAAAAUGAUGGCCUUAACCUUGAGCUUCAAAGUGUAUUAAGACUAUUUCAAGCUGGUAAUAAGAAUGGAGUCAGCCUCCCAGACACAUUAAUUAGAAGAUAAACAAUCUAGUCUUUUCUUGAUGUUGAUUCCUUAAAGUGCACUGGCUUUGUUUUUUAAAGUCGUUUUUGCUGAUUAGUACUAACUGGUUUUCAUUUCAAGAUGACUUGUUGAUUGUGGCGUGGCUCCAAUUGCCCAUAGUCACUAUCCCACUGUACAACUAUAUGGCACUGAUGAGAUGCGCUCAAGGCUGCAUUAAAAUAUGUGCUUGACUAGUUGAAAUGGCACAGAUAAAUAUUGCAACAUGGAUUGAGGUGCUCUUCCAUAAUUGUUUUACAUGCAAAAGUGAGAAUUCUUCUGAAAACAGAUCUCUUUUUAUGAUGAGCCAAGGUAUUGAGAUAUGAAAGUUCUGCCUUUGAUUUAUUCUGGUGAAUGUAAUGGAGAGGAGCUUCAUUUUAAUGGAAACGACGUGAUGUAGGAGCUCAAGAAAGAGCUGCAGAUUUCUGUCUGAUUCUCCCAAAUUCUCUCUAAAUUUGCCAGGACUUUCUGAUUAGAAUAAUUUAUGCAGGAAACUAAGUUUGUGUACACUGAACCAUCAGAAGCAAAGGUGUCACUAUAUUAGGGCACAAUUUUGGAGGAUUUGGGAUUUCAAAACUCUGGAAGAGGAAUUCUCAACCUGUAUUCCACUAAAAGGAUUGAUUAAAUGAUUGGUUUCUUUAA